AUGAAGUUCUUGUUCCAGUGCCCGUGCUGCUCCUGCUUCUGCUUCAUGAGGGGCAAGCUGAAGAAGCCCAAGAAGAAGGCCGCCGAGGGAGACUGA